CUAGUUAACCUUGUACAAAAUUUUUCCUAGUUUUCUCUGUAAUUAUGAUUAGUAUUAAACUUCCGUGGAGAUUCCUUUUUGGCGGUAGUCGUGGUAGAGCACUCCUUAUCAACAGCAGUCGAUCUCUCUCGGUUCGAAAUCGAAAUAGUUUUCCUUGGCAUCUAACACUUACACAAAGCUGUUUGUCCUUGUUUCGUUCUUAUAAUAAAUCCAAACUAAGUAACGCUUCUAUCGGUUUAAGCAAUAUGUCGACGUUCACGUAUCCAGUUGCCAAACGCAUAGAUUUCUCUGAAAAUUUGCACGGAAUUACGGUGGAAGACCCCUAUCGCUGGCUGGAGGAUCCAGAUUCUUCUGAAACACAAGAGUUUGUUCGUCUUCAAAACGAACUUACGACUCCCUACAUCCAAGGUAGCCCAGCAUUGGCUAAUAUCAAAACAAGACUUACAGAGCUAUGGAAUUUUCCUAAAUAUUCUUGCCCAACAAAGAAGGGAAAUCGUUACUUCUUUUAUAAAAACUCUGGUCUUCAGAACCAUAGUGUUCUUUUUGUGCAAGAUACAUUGGAGUCUGAACCCAGGAUCUUCUUAGAUCCCAAUACUUUAUCAGAUGAUGGUACUGUGUCUCUUUCAAUGAAAAAGUUUUCAGAGGACGGUGAAAUCUUUGCAUAUGGUCUCAGCCGCAGUGGAUCAGAUUGGAACUCAAUUCACUUCAAAUGUGUUGAAACUGGCGAAGAUUUCCCUGAGGUGCUUGAAAAAAUCAAAUUCUCAUCAAUAUCAUGGACUCAUGAUAACAAGGGAGUAUUUUACUCGUGCUACCCCGAGCAACAAGGAAAGACUGACGGUUCGGAAACCACUUCUAACGAAAACCACAAGUUAUUCUACCAUCUUCUUGGAACUCAACAGAGCGAAGAUAUUCUUGUCGUUGAAUUUCCUCAUGAACCCAAAUGGAGAAUUCAAGGAGGGGUAACGGAUUGCGGUCGCUAUUUGAUUGUUACAACUGGAAGAGACUGCCAAUACAAUAACAUUUACUUUUGUGACCUCACUGCCUUGCCGGACAAAACUAUCAAUGGGAAAUUGGAGCUGGUCACUGUGGUUGACAAGAUGGAGGCAGACUAUGAGUACGUGACGAAUACUGACUCAGUCGUGGUUUUCCGGACCAACAAGGAUGCCCCAAAUUAUAGAUUAAUUCAAAUUGAUUUCAACCAACCAGCACGUGAUCAAUGGAAAACGCUGCUGGAAGCCGAUCCUUCGGACGUCUUGGAUUGGGUUGCUUGUAUCAACAAAGAUAAACUGAUCGUUUGUUACAUGCACGAUGUUAAGAAUAUCCUGCAAUUGCGCGAUUUAAAAAAUGGCCAACUUUUGAAAACUUAUACUCUUGAAAUGGGCACCGUUCGUGAAUUCUCUGGCAAGAGCACCUCUUCCGAAUUCUUCUUCCAGUUCGGUUCCUUUUUAACUCCUGGCGUCAUUUACCGAUGCGAUAUCGGAGAAACAGUCGAAGCGGAACCAACUGUCUUCCGUCAAAUUGAGCUUGAUGGAUUCGAUCCGUCUCUGUUUGAAACUCAGCAAGUUUUCUACCCUUCAAAGGAUGGCACGCGGAUCCCAAUGUUCAUUGUCAAGAAAAAGACUAUUGUUUUGGAUGGGACUAAUCCUUGCCUGAUGUACGGAUACGGCGGAUUCAACAUAAGCCUUGAACCCGCCUUCAGCGUAACGCGAAUUGUAUUUAUGCAGCAUUUCAACGGUGUCUUUGCUGUUCCUAACAUACGCGGAGGAGGAGAAUACGGUGAAGCGUGGCACGAUGGAGGUCGCCUUUUCAACAAACAAAACUCGUUUGACGACUUCCAUUCGGCUGCCGAAUAUCUAAUCGCCAAUGGCUACACUUCAUCGUCGAAGUUGGCUAUCCAAGGUGCAUCUAAUGGUGGGUUGUUAAUAGGAGCUUGCGUCAACCAACGUCCCGAGCUGUAUGCUGCUGGCAUUGCUCACGUCGGCGUAAUGGACAUGCUGCGGUUCCACAAGUUUACGGUCGGCUAUUGUUGGGUGUCGGACUAUGGCAAUCCUGACGAGAAAGAGCCCUUUGAGAAUUUGUUAAAGUUUUCGCCUCUCCAUAAUUUGAAAGUACCUGAAACUGGUCAAUAUCCGGCGAUGCUGUUGCUUACGGCUGAUCAUGACGACCGUGUCGUGCCGUUGCACUCGCUCAAAUAUAUGGCCCAGAUGCAUCACACGUUCAAAGACUGCCCCAAACAGACCAACCCGCUGAUGAUACGCAUCGAAACUAAAGCCGGUCAUGGUGCCAACAAACCCACCUCUAAAAUUAUUGACGAACAUAGCGACGUCUUUGCAUUUUUGGCUCGCGCCCUGAAUCUUGAAUUCCAAUUAUGAAAUCCAAGAGCCUGCAAUCAAUGCAAACAAUCCUAAUAUUUCUUUUUAGGAUAGGUCGACAGGAAUUUGAUUAGUGGAGUAGAAAUAAUUGCAACUAGUAUACAGAAAACCCACACAAUCUUAACCCGUGCAAACAUACUCUACACGAUGAGACAAACAUUCUGAACUUUCUUUUUGUUUUUCCGUCUAAUUCGAAUGUGGUCUCGUGUUAUAUUGACAAACAUAACAUUUCAACCAGGUGAAUCUACGGAAAAGUCGAUCAAUAC